CUUCUUCCCUCUUUCAACCUCAAUCUUAAUCUCAAUUUGUUAUGAUCUUUGAUUCUCUCUCUGAUCUGAAGAAAAAAAGAGAAAAGAUUCAAUUCUUUUUUUAUAUAAUUACAUCAACCAAAGAAAAGGAAAUCAAAAUCAACCAGUAAGAAGCUAGAUCACGUGGGUGUCGUCGGAAAAUGUCUGAAGAUGACGGCGGUUGUGGUGGUGCUGGUAAGUCCAGAAACUCCGGCGAGUAUUUCACGCCAUACCCAGAUCAAGUUCUUGAAAACGUCCUUGAAAACGUUCUGGUUUUCUUGAAAUCACGGCGAGACCGUAACGCCGUUUCGCUCGUCUGUAAAUCGUGGUACCGUGCGGAGGCGUACACUAGAUCGGAUCUGUUCAUCGGGAACUGUUAUGCGGUGGCUCCACGGCGGGUGACGGACCGGUUCAAGAGAGUCCGGUCGGUUUCUGUGAAAGGAAAACCCCGGUUCGCUGAUUUUAGUUUACUUCCGCCCGAUUGGGGUGCGCACUUUAGACCUUGGGUGUCCGCCAUGGCUACUGCUUAUCGUGCGCUGGAGAAGAUAUAUCUGAAACGGAUGUCGAUCACCGAUGAUGAUCUUGCUGUUAUUGCUCAUUCAUUUCCGAAUUUCAAGGAGCUCGUUUUAGUUUGCUGUGAAGAUUUUGGAACCAGUGGACUCGCAGUUGUUGUUAGCGAGUGCAGGAGUCUUCGUGUUCUUGAGCUGAUUGAAGAUGACGUUUCAGACGAUGAAGUCGAUUGGAUUUCUUGUUUUCCUCCAGAGGGUACGACGAAUUUGGAAUCAUUGAGUUUCGAUUGCGUUGAAUCCCCCAUUAAUUUCGAGGCUUUAGAGAGGCUAGUAGCAAGAUCGCCAUUGUUAAAGAAGCUUCGAUUGAAUCGUCACGUUUCAAUAGGGCAACUUCAGCGGUUAAUUUUCCGGUCACCACAGUUGACUCAUUUAGGCACUGGUUCAUUUGCUCCGUUAGAGAUCGCCGGCCAGCAACAAGUCGAUAAUCGAGAACCCGAUUACGGUUCUGCUUUUGCCGCCUGCAGAUCGAUAGUUUGUCUUUCGGGGUUUCGGGAAAUCUCUCCGGAACAUCUUCCAGCGAUAUUUCCAGUCUCUGCUAAUCUCACCUCAUUGAAUCUUAGCUAUGCCAACAUUGAUGCCGAUCAGCUCCGGCCGGUUAUUCGCCACUGUCAUAAACUACAGGUUUUCUGGGCACUUGAUUCAAUCUGUGACGAAGGACUUCAGAUGGUGGCGGAUUCAUGUAAAGAUCUUCGUGAGCUUCGAAUUUUCCCAAUCGAUGGUUCCGAAAAUAUCGAAGGGCCGGUUUCCGAAGUGGGUCUUCUGGCGAUUUCCAUCGGUUGUCGAAAACUGCAAUCAGUUCUUUACUUCUGUCAGCAGAUGACUAAUGCCGCAGUCAUAGCCAUGUCUAAAAACUGCCCGGAUCUUGUUGUUUUCCGGCUCUGUAUUAUUGACCGAUACAGACCGGACCAUGUCACCGGUGAACCGAUGGAUGAGGGGUUUGGAGCCAUCGUCAAGAACUGUAAGAAACUUACUCGGCUCGCAGUUUCUGGUUUACUUACGGAUAGGGCGUUUAGUUACAUAGGGCAAUAUGGUAAACUCGUGAGAACGUUAUCGGUGGCGUUUAAUGGAGAAAGUGAUAUCGGGCUGAAGUACAUUUUAGAAGGGUGCACCAAUUUGCAAAAGCUUGAGAUCAGAGAUAGCCCCUUUGGAGAUUCGGCUUUAUGGUCGGGUCUACACCAUUUUUACAAUAUGAGAUUCGUUUGGAUGUCAUCUUGUCGAGUGACUCGACAAGGGUGCACCAAUGUGGCUCGACAGUUACCGAGGUUGGUGGUGGAAGUGUUCCGUGGGGAUGGGGUGGAAGGCGGGGAGAGGGGCGAUUUCAUGGAUACACUUUAUAUGUAUCGGUCUCUCGAUGGACCACGAACUGAUGCACCACAGUUCGUCAAGAUCCUGUGAUUCCCAAGAUCGUAAGCAAUCCGUACAGAUUCUCAACUUUCAUCUGUUAACCCCUUUGGUUUACACUUUUGCUCGGUCUUGGUCCCUCCCAACAACUGUUAACUUCCAUCCGUCAUCUCACCCCAUGUUACUUCCACAUUUCAAGAUUUCUUCGGCCGUUUCUUUCGGCACCGAGAACCGUAACGACCCGUUCCCGACCCAACUGUUUUCUGGCUCGUUCGAUGCUUUUUGUGCCAUAAAGAUUCGAUCUUUGAGAUAAAAAUGUGAUGUUGAUUUAUUUGGUUGGAUUCCCAAAUGGUUAGAUAUGGAAAGAUUUGAGGUUUCUUGAAGAUAAAAAGGGGUAGAAUGAUGAUGAUGAUAGUAUUCUUUAAUUUGGUAGCAUUGAGGUCUGAGUCCUGCUUUCAUAUCCCUAUUCAGAUGUUAGUUUUAAAGGGUUCCAACCUCUGAAUGAUACAUUUAUAUCUUCUUUUUCUUA